CUAACUCAAGGAUCCACCAGCAGCCACAAGCCGAAUACCGGUCGACAGUAGCCAUCAGUCCAUCUCAAACAUUGUCCAUCACUCAACAUUACCGAAAAUUAUCCACGUCGCUGAGCGAUUCCUUCAAAUCACUUUUUUUCCAUUCAAACAGCUCCCUCUUUUGCAAACAACUAUCAUUUCUAUCAUCACCCGUAGCACACCACUGCUACGCCACUCCUUGUUGACAGUUACGACUCUCCUUUGGACAUCCGCGACGGAUUAUGUCUGGAUAACUCGGUAGUCUGCUUGCUACACAUAAAAAAAAGCAUACGCAUCUGGGCGAGCUCCACAACAAACCAAUCAGAGCGAGCCCAAAAGCGUCCCAAAAGCGUCAAGUCAACUUCAAAGCAAAAGUAUCAGACCGGUUCAAUAUCCUGGGAACUUUUCCAAAGGACGUUCUGGUUGGGGAGGCAUUGCUGGAAGUGUGGUUUGUGGGGGUAAUAGCUUCCAAGUUAUCUGUUCCACUUCUAACAUAGUACAAACUGCAUCCUCUCCCUCGUAUCCAUUCCUCUGCAUACUAUGGUCUUCUCCUUGCCGCAAUUUUUACCAGAGGUUUUCUCCUUCGUCGACACCUCUCCCCCUGUCAUAUACCCCGCCCCAAAGCACAAUGCCCUUACAAGGGGUCGUUUCAGAUCCUCUUCAUCCUUAAAAACACCUACAAAAGACCCUCCUCGCCCUCCUGUACCCGCCUUCCCGAAAUUACAACGUCGAAGCUCCAGACAUUCCAUUUCAGUUGCCAAACCUUCCAGCAGCAAAGAGCUUGGAACUUUGGCAGCAAGCAUGUCAGCCCUUGACUUGAAUGCAACUUUGGAGCCCUUGCCAGGAGGGGCACUUGAAGAAAGGAGAAAGUCUGUGGAGCAUGCAAACAACCAAUUACCAGCAAGAUCCAGACACAGACGGUCUCAAAGUGCCGUACCGUUGCCCGCCAAAUCUCUCCUCUCUACGUCAUUUUCGGGUGAGCCGGGACCUCGAAACCGUCUUCAAGAAUUUUCAAGGAAUCCCUUGACCUCCGCCAGUGCGACAAGUUUACCUACUUUAGCAGAACUGGAGCUACCGGGGGAGGAUCUAGGCGUCAGCGCCAGUGGGCCGGUGAUAAGUGGGGACAGGAUAUCUAUGCCCCCGUCUCCUAUUGUCAGGCCGAGGAACAGGCUGAGUAGAGGGGCUAGUAUCAUCUCCACAGGAUCUAUGUCUAGCCCUCCAUCUCCUAACAUGCUGAUGGUUUCGACAUUCUCCGAUUGUGAUGCUCGGUCAAGGUCACUCGUACCGCCUCCGCAACCCGCCUCUACGUCCCAAGCACAGGCAGCCUGCGCUUCUAUGCCUCCCCCCCCGCUUCGCCCCCAUCCAGACUCUAUUACCUACUCCCCUUCAGGUCGUUUGAAUCGCCCGAUCCCUUCUAGAACCCAUUCGUUCCGAGAUGCUACUCCUAGUGGUUUGCACAGACCAUGCCAUCAACGUCGAGCUUCAGUGGACAGCGUGGCAUCAGUAGAGCUAUCAGACGUGGCAGUGAUGGCCACUUGGAGUUUCCCUGCUUCUCCUAGUCCUGAAAAGCAACCUCGUCCUGCAUCUAGCGGGGGACUGAAUCAGGAUCAUCGCAAAGAUAUAAAUCCCGGGCAGUCUACCAGGCUGCGGGAAAGGCUGAAGAGUCUGUCAGGGCUUGAUACAAGCUGUGGUACAAGUAAUAACGACGGUCCACUCUCAAACAGCAGUGGGAAGACAAGUGCAAGUACUGCCGAGAGCACUGAAACGGUCAUCAGAGCCUCAAGACCGCUGCCAUCGUACCUUACAGGUCGCCAUCAUCAUACUUAUUCAUCGCCAAACCUGACAUUCCCUACGCCGUCAGCGACUGGCUCCCCCGGCUCCAUGGGUCACCCUCCUAAUUCCCUGUUGCCAACACCACGCCCGCAGCGGCGGACUACUACAACACGGUUGCGCAAGCCUAAUCCACUUUCUAUGUUUUCAGGUCAUUCGGCAUCUACUGCCACUCUUCAAAGAGCAAGUAGCACCUGUGGGAAGGGGGAACUGAGCUCUUCGCCUGGGAGCAUGAUAUCCGACACCACGACUUGUCCAAGUCCGACUUCAUCAGUACGUUCUUUACCCGCGGGUCCGGCUAUCACUGUACAUCUCGACGGGGAGAAUAGCGAAAAGGACGGGGAGAGCACAUGGUGGCCUGUGAUGCCUAGCCUUAGAGGGCGAUCAAAAUCGAGAGUUAGCGGGAAAAGCGUUACAAGUGAAGUGGAAUCUUUGGAUGGAAAACAACUCAAAGGUGAAACACAAGAAAGGUCAGAAGAGGACGGAUUUGGUUUGGAUAUGGAUGAUCAAGAGGAAGAGUAUAUCGACAUGGAUCAUAUGUAAUAGUACAGAUACCCGCAAGCAAGUGUUUAGAUUUAGUAAAAUGUUGUAAUAUGCUGGCUACUUGAGUGACGAUCAACAGAAUGAAUGAUUUUGAU